AUGGCCAAUGACGACGACCCCAAUACCAGUGUAGCAUGCCUAUCCGGAAGUCAGCGCUCAAGCGAUAAAACCCCAGUCCCACCGACCGAAGCUGGUGAUGGCCAAAUCGACAGAGGCAGAUCUGACGGUCGCAAAGAGGUUGGAGUCGAAUCAACUGACAAAGAGGAGAACCCUUUGUAUGCGAAUAUCGAAGCGAGUAAGACCGAUGAAGACGCGUGCAAGGCGAUAAACAGCAUAGACCAGUGGAAGAAAAUGGUUAACUCCCCAACUACAGACGGGUCUCAGAGGACGCCUCUGCAUAUUGCAGCUGGAAAAGGCUUUCUGGCUCUGACAAGACUGCUAAUCGAAGCCGGCGCGAAUGUUGACGCUCUCGACGUAGACGACGAAGGUCCUAUCAGCUUUGCAUGCAUGAACCAACACAUUGGGGUAGUGAGGCUCCUCUGCGAGAAAAAAGCCAGUGUUACGCACUGCAACUGGGAAGGGUGGUACCCAAUUCAUUGGGCUAUCAACAAUGGAGAUUGGAAAGACAAUGUUGUUCCACUACUUCUUGGUCGCGAGAAAGAAUGUAUAAAUAAGCAGGAAGGCAUAUGUGGAUGGACUCCACUUAAUAUGGCGACCUAUCGUGGAAGGAAUGGUAUUGUCGAGACUCUUUUGCGAGAAGGAGCAGAUCCUACCAUCCAAGACGAAGACGGGUGGACUCCAGUGAUGACCGCAGCCAAGCUGCGGAAUUCCACGAUAUUGGGACAGCUACUGAUCCAUCUAGAGACGAACAAGAAGGGAGAAAACGUCGGUAUGACGGAUAAUAUGGGCAAAACAGUACUCAAAGAAUUGCUUUCCGCCAAAGCUGAGGACUUUGAGUCUCCGAACGAUCUUGCAUUCCUUGUCGGCAAGAUCCUUUGCCUCAAGAAUUCGAAAGAGAUUUCCGACGAACGCCACCCAACAGUGUUGCGUUGUUUAAUGGAACCCGAAGUCUCUGCCAACGACCCAGAUAUUGUAAUAACAAUCCUUCGUCAUGUUGUACAGAAUGAUCGCUUCCUCGAAGACCAAAAAGAUGACAACAUAUUUGGAAGUGUUGGUGGUGUGGUAGAGUUCUUGCAAACCAAAGUGGAACCGCCAAACCAAGUCCACUUUACAACAUUUCUACUUUGCUGGCUUGCACGGAGAGUAGAACUGCAUGGUUGUGCACAGAAGAUCUUGGAGAAAUAUUCUCAAGGCAUGGGGCUUCCACAGUUGGACAUACAACCCGAGAAGUGGAAACUGGCCGAAUGGGCUAUCUACUGCGGACUGCCGCAGGUUCUGAUGAACUGCGUCACAGCGACUCGACUGGUGAAGGGACGCUCAGACAAUGACAAGCCUGAUUUCAAAAUCGACAAACCCGGCUGUAAGAAAAUCAUUGAUCUGUUGAAAAAAGAGAAGAACGAAAAACAUGAAGGAUCUCCGAGAAACACCCCGCUUCCAGUCCACGACAGAGGGAAAGCGAGAGACAACCAAGCGAAACAAAUGGACAAUCGUGCCAUUGAUGGCGAGGAGAAAGGUGAGGGCGAAGAAAUGCAAGCUUUGAGGGACAUGGAAGAUAUUCUCGAUUUUUACCUCAUGGAAGAGACCAUCAAGCCCAAGCCAAGUCUUAAGAUGCCAGAGAACGAUGUCCUGGAGGGUUUGGAGAACUUUGAAGCAGCUGUCAUUCAGAUACGCCAGCAUGAGCGCAAUUUCACCAAGUUCGUCAAGUUCCGAAAGAUUUCGGAGGUAAUAUACAAGGAGGAGGUUUCGUUGGAAACGGUGGGAGAUACGAUGGAGAGAUUCGGGCGUUAUUUUGCCACAAACGGAAUAAAGGACGAGGUCAACGUGAAGAACGAGGGGCUCAAGAAAGCCACAAAGGAUUUCACAUGGAUCCACCUCCCUUCAACCAACAUGGUCUGGAUGACGGACAUCAUGAAGAAGUUAAUGGUGACGCUGGGGUGUGGCCAAAAUGAGUUUGAAUAUUUGGACUCCUUCCUGCGUGCCAGCUGGGUACAAAUACCAGACAAGACAUCCCCAGCUCGUUAUAUGCUACCUCAGUAUGCCAGGCGCCAAGCCGAAAAGACGCCCGCGAGAGAGGCAUACAAUCACAAAGAAGACAGUGUUGUACAAAACCGUACUAGCGAGGAGGACGAAAAGCCGACUGGGAAAUCUGCAGUCAACACCACAAGAGAAGAGGAGAUGGCUGAAUCCUUCAACGCAUCAGCGCUUUACAUGCCCUUCCUCUCCUUCUCGCCAUACCGCAAAGAAGAGCAACCCAGCAAAGAAGGGCAACACAGCAACCAGAGUACUGGCACGCCUGACGUCAGCAGUACGGACAAUAAGUAUCACUUAACGAGGAGGGAAGGAUUGGCCAAACAGCGUCGUCGACGACAACAGCUCUUUGAGCACUAUAAAGAUCAUCCUAUGCACUGUUCUCCAACCUUGGACGAGUUCUAUUAUCAAUUUGGGGCAGAUGAAACAUCAUUGGAGGACCGAGACGCACGCAACAAAGACCAGACAGUCACAAAGUACCUGCACCCAAAAGGAGUCGAAGAGCUUGAUUCGUGGUCUCUACUCAAGGUAAAUCAACUCUGGAUUUGGACUUUUGGAGAAAAAUGGAUGAUAACAUCCACUUCUUGCAUCGAGAGUAAUGACGCGAACAAGUUUGUGUUGGAGAUUCUCGACCAUAUUCAGAGGCGUAUGGAGGACGGUACCAACUGGCAUGGCCCGGAAUCUCCGGAAGAACUUAGUAAGGAGAUUGUCGAGCAUUGCACGGCUACGUACGAAAGGAAGUACGAAUUUGAUAGCAAAGGGUAUCAGGUGGAUGAGGAGUUUCUGAAAGAGAGCCCAGACUACAAACAUCAACAAGAAACCAGCGCCAGUGGAAAAGAUUCGAAAGAAGUCAGCAAGACCAGCCAUGCAGGACAAACCACCCAAAAGGUUGACAUCAAAUCAACUGACCGCGACGGUUCAGCGCCGCAAAGACAGAAGUACAAAGACAGGUAUUAUGGCACACGCGGCAGAAGACAAUACGAAUUUAACGGAGGACAACGUUCGAUUCGUCAAAUCUUCUCUGAUUCCAUAAAUAGGAUUGGCAGAGAAGAAGCAGAUUUAUUUCGUCUAUUUUGCGAGCCCAGCGGACAUAGAAAUUCGAAAAGAGGUUCCAUGAAAGGGGGCUGGGCAGGUGCCCUGACAGAUGGGGCCCUGAAAGAUGUGGCGAGGAAAUACUUGGGCCUGUGGGCGAGGGACAAGCACAUCAUGGACAUCACCGAUGACAAACUACAGAAUUCUCAACCAGCGCCACUCACAACCGAGAGGCUCCAGAACGCCACGAAAACAGCAGCGCAGCUUUUGUUUGACAUCAAGGAUGUUCGUGACGAACUCAACAUCAUGAAAACUGUGGCGGAAUCCCAACUAAAAGUCCACCUCAGCAUAAGUGGCACCGAAAAGUGCGACAUUUGUACAGGCUGCCACGACUUGGAUGACGAUUCGACAGCCAAGUAUAACCGAAAAGACAUCAUUGAACUGGACAAGGUUGCUGAGCAAAUUCAGGAUUCUGUGCGUACUACGAUCUCACUUCAAGAGAGUGAAAUUGCAAAUCGUCAAGCUAUAGAGGCUGUCAACCAGGCAAAUAUUGUUACGGUAUUCACCGUCAUCACUCUCUUCUUUUCGCCCCUCUCAUUCAUGACGUCUCUUUUUGCUUUAGACGUGGCUAAAUUUCUUGAGGCACCAGUGUGGUCGCUCAUUACCAUUCUUGUUAUACCACUGCCAUUCCUCUUUGGAGGGGCUGCCUACGUCUUCCUCAACAAGGAAAAAGGCACCUCUACUGAUAGCAGCCGAAAGAUGAGCUCUGUUGAGCUGAUGGCGACGUGCGAAGACCAGGCAAUACCAAGUCCCAUCAUUCCACCACUCACCCUGCAACCGUCAGCAACCCGAAGAACGAUACGCAGCGCGAAGAAGGUAUCCCACUCUGAUACUAAAUGGGAUGAGCUUCUAAAAGACCACCUCAAUCGUCUCUACAUCAGGGAGAACCACACCCUGGAUGAAGUAGUGUUUGAACUGGCUGCUAUCCACAACAUCGAGAUCGGGAAGUCCUCAAUCGAGAGACGACUCAAAGAAUGGCUGGAAUUGUCAAAAAACAACGUCAGCCAGCAGCACCAACAGGAUGAUAUCUCGACGCGCCGGCGUACAGUAUCGGCAUUAACGUCCUUGGGACCACACUCCAACUCCCUCUUUGCCCAGUUCCCAUUUGUCUCUCUGAAUAUGAGAAGAAGACAAGCCGAGGUCGACAGGAUACGAGAGUUGUCCCCCAAAACAUAUCUCCACCAAGAGAGGAUGUUCCACGCGCUAGAUCAGCUCGUCAAAGGUCUUCUCGCCUCGGGCCAGAAAAGCUGGACAGUCGACCCAGUACGGCCCAUCUCCUUCAUCGCACCAAACAGCGGCGGCCGUACAGAACAUGCGUCGACGACACCUCGUUCACCACCCUCGCAAGACUGGGAACCCCUCGUCGAAAAGUGCCAUGGCAUGGCCACCCUGGCAGAGACAUCACAAUUCAGCGAACUCCUCUCGGUAUUUGGCAACGUCCUGGCAUCGACAAAGCAAAUGGUUCAGACCUGCACCCCUAAUUUCCUCGUCUACUUUUGGAAGGUCUGCAUCGCCCUCUUCCAAGUCCGCAUCGGCGGCCGGAAAGACUACCUCUGCCUGCGCCUCUUCCUCCACAACCUCGGCGCUUACCUCGCCAGAUCCCCCUCGGUCGGCGCGCACCACGCUGUCACCGUCUUCACGGCGUCGCUGAUCGGCGUCGUCGAGUCGGAGUCGCUCGACCUCAAAGUCACGCUCGGCCUGGCGUACUGGAAGGCCAUCCACGUGCUCGCCAGCCUGCUGGGCGGCGACCACGCUAUCGUGCUGAACAUGACGACCCAUUGCGUGCGGCACUGGCCAGGCCGGUUCACGCCGCAGAAACACGUCCUUGAAUCUGCGUACCAAGAGCUCCUGUCCAGGAAAUCCUCGGCUCCGUGGGCGCUAUCGGAAAAAGAUAUCUCGUUGCAGCUGGACUAUCUGCGCACCGUGUCUGCGAAGAAGAACUACGCCCCGGACGUCAUACAGCGGGCAGACGAGCUCCGCAGGACCACCCGAGAUAUCAGCCUGAGCAAGGCAACUACGGGCCGCCUGCAAGCGACCGUCACUACUCGCGCCUUUGACUUUACGACGGAACUGCUGACGGCUCACCACCUAGAGGCAGCAAGCCACGCGCGCGACGCGGAUUCCGUGGAGGCCAGUCAGGCAGUGGCAUUCGGCCUUCUCAACACGGCGAUAGAGACCUUCCGAAAGGGAAGCCUCGAGUGCCAGAUCCGCGCUGUCGCGUUCUCGAAGCGGUUGGAGGUCCACCUGAGGGCAUCGGGCCGGAAGAAACAGGGGCUGGAUGAGAAGGAUCGUGGACGAGAUGUGCGGCUCGCCAUCAAACGGGCUGUGAUGGUGCCGUCCUGGGAGCCAAGCUUCACACCCACGAUGAGGAGAUCAUCACGUCCUCGAGCGUCGACCAAGGCGGCUUGGGCGGCUCAGGAGCGCCGAACCCGCGUGGAAAGCCGGGAUCAUCUGGUGUGUAUGCUCCAGGCGAAGAGUCGCACGCGGAUUUCUACGUGA